CGCAACUGAUGCUAUAAAAAAACAAAAACUGCAACUAUCAAACCACCGGUUGGAGUUUGAGAUCGGCAAAGGCUGAUAGCUACCUCUCGAUAUGGAGGCUGCUUUCAUCUCAUUACUGAUCAACAAGCUCGGCGAAAUCACAGUCGGCCAGGCCCAUAGCAGAUGCUCUCAGCUACUGCUGCAGCACACAACUCCACCUUUAGAUCAGAUUCAUGCUCGGGUGGAACGAAUCACCAACGAGUUCAAAGUGAUGCAGGCCUUCCUGGAAGGCUCUAAUUGGUCCACUGCUGCUGCUACUAACAAACCACUCGAGGCUUGGAUCGAACAGGUGAGGGAGGUGGCCUUCAAGAUAGAAGACAUCAUCGAUGAGUACCUCUAUCUGGUUGGAAGACAACGGGAAAGGACAUGGAAGAGUUGUCUCACGGCACCUUCGGAUUUUUGUUUCAAUCUUGCUAAGGCUUGGCGUGGUAUUGAUUCUCGAUUAGAGAAGUUGGAGACAGAUCUUUCUGAACUGACAAGCAGGAGAGAUCGAUAUGGUCUAACAAUAAACGGCAACGAUGAUGAUAGAGCGAAGAAUUCAGAAACAAACAACACGCAUCAUUAUCGAGCUUAUUCACCCAUGUUAACUGAUGAAGAUGAUUUAGUGGGGAUAGAAGUUAACAAAUCUAAGUUGCUUUCGUGGUUGACUAAUGCUGAUACUUGCAGGAAGAUGACAGCAAUUGCGGUGUGGGGAAUGGGUGGCCAUGGGAAAACUACCCUCGUCUCAAAUGUCUAUCGCAAUAAUACCGUGAAGAGUCACUUUGAUUGUCAGGUAUGGGUUACAGUUUCACAAACUUAUAGUGCACUGGAAGAACUCCUAGGAAUAAUGAUCCAGGAAAUCUUCAAGGGAAAAAAGGAGCCUGUCCCAAAUGGUAUCACUACCAUGCAAAGAUUAGAGUUAUUUGACAUCAUCAAAGAAAGUUUGCAACAAAAGAGAUAUAUAAUUGUGUUAGAUGAUGUUUGGCAUGUAGACUUGUGUAAUGAUAUUAGUCGUGCUUUUGUUGAUAGCAACAAUGGAAGUAGACUAAUUAUUACCACUAGAAUGCAUGAAGUAGCAAGGAUGGCAAACGAUGAACAUAUCAUAAAGCUGCAACAACUUGAUGAAAAAGAUGCAUGGAUUUUGUUUUGCAAAAAGGCAUUCCAAAGAGGGAACAGUAGAGAUUGUCCAAAAGAGCUAGAGGAUUACACUGGUAGGAUUUUGAAUAAGUGUCAAGGCUCACCGUUAGCUAUUGUAGCAGUUGGCAGUUUAUUGUCUUUCAAGGAAAAGAGUGAAACUGAAUGGAAGAAAGUCCAUGAUCGCCUUCAUUGGGAGUUGGAAAACAACCCUGCGCUAGAUAAAGUGAAGAAUAUUCUUAACCUCAGCUUCAAUGAUUUGCCUUACUAUCUAAAGAAUUGUUUUGUUUAUUGUAGCAUCUUCCCUGAAGAUUAUCUAAUUAAAAGGAAGAAACUAAUCCGAUUAUGGGUAGCUGAAGGAUUCAUGACGACAAGAAGCAGUGGCAAAUCAAUGGAAGAGGAGGCUGAUGACUAUCUUGCUGAACUUGUGGAUCGGUCCAUGCUUCAGGUGGUUAAGAGAAAUGGAUUUGGGAGACUCAAGGCUUUCAGAAUGCAUGACGUUGUAAGAGAGGUAACACUAGCAAUAUCUAGAAAGGCUAAAUUUUGCAUGAUUCUUGAUGGUUCACAAUCAGUUUUGGACAAUCAAACUCGUCGUGUUUCCAUUAAAACAAAUGAUGAAUCCCUUGAUUUAAGUACGAGCCUUUCACGACUUUGCUCUUUGAUUGCAUUUUCUACUUCAGUAUUUCGAAAUAGAGCAGUCUUGAUCAGUUUCAAAAUGUUGAGGGUGUUGGAGUUGCAAAACCUUCGAAUCCACAGCUUACCAAAUGAAGUUUCAGCCUUGUUUAACCUUCACUAUUUGGGUCUGAAGGAAACAGGAAUCAAACAACUUCCCAACCAUAUCCAAAAGCUCCAGAGUUUGCAAACACUUGACCUCCGUUAUUCCAGAAUAAGAAAGCUCCCGCGCGGUGUCACACAAUUGAAGAAACUUCGUCACCUAUUUGGGACUCGGAUUGAAAUUGAAUUUGGGGGAUCAACUAUAGCCGGUUGUGUUCCAACUCUCGAAGGAUCAUGGCAGUGUAAGAACCUACAGACUCUGAAAGAAGUUUUUGGAAACAAGAAGCUUGUACAGAGAUUGGGCGACAUGAAAGAGAUCCGAACAUUAGGAGUUACAGGGGUGAACCUAACCAAUUGUCCUCAGUUUUGUACCUCAUUGACUAAGAUGAGGAACCUUCGUUGCUUAAGGUUAACCUUGUUUGGAAAUGAAGACGAACAGUUCACCUUUGAAAUGUUAAAUUCUCCACCUCCUCUACUUCAGAAGUUGGAUUUAAACUUCAACUUGGGGAGAUUAUUUGAAGGAAAAAUGCCUACAUUUAUUUGUUCUUGUGCAGAACUCACACAUGUGAGUCUGUCGGGGACACAACUAAUAGAAAAUCCACUUCCUUCACUCGGACAAUUGCAUAAACUAGUGGCGUUAACAUUGAGGGAUAAUGCAUAUGAGGGGCACAAACUGCACUUUAAAACAGGUUGGUUCCUUAAUCUCAAAAGGCUUUACUUAGGAGGAUUGAAGAAUUUAAGUAAGAUUUUGAUAGAGGAAGGUGCCAUGGCAAGUUUAUAUAAACUAUAUAUGGAGGAUCUUCCAGAAUUAAGGAUGGUCCCUAGUGGCAUAGAGUUUCUCACACAUCUCCAAAAGCUCACUCUAUGUGUCAUGUCUGGGGAACUAGUGGGAAAAUUAAGAAAAGACUAUGUCAAUGAAGAAGAACGACGGAGGAUUAGACAUAUUCCGAUUGUUACCAUUAUAUAAGUACGAAAUUAAAAUAAUUGUUGAUGUUUGUUUGUUUAUGUAUGAAAUAAUCCUAAAAGAGGAUGAAAAUAUUUAUAGUCAUUUGUAUCAUAUGUAUAUUUCAAGAAAUUAUAAAGUCAAUAAUUAAAUUGUUUA